UGCAUACGAAAACCUAUAAAAUUAGUGUUUAGAAGUUUUUGCAUUACUUUUAUGACACAUGUUCACGCAAUAUAAGAGAUAAUUUCUCACAAGUUCUUUCGGUGAUACUAGAGACCACAUUAAGCAGCCACUGUUCAUUAUUUCUGUGCGUAGCCGUGUAUCAGUAAAUGGACUCUGGCUCCUUACAGAUCUUAUGAAAACAAACUUUCCUAUAUAUCAUUCGACGUGCCUCGAGCUUCUCUACAACACGGCAUAUUGGAUUCUUGAUUAUGAAUAGAUCACCAAAUCCGACAGGAUCACAGUGGGCAACUUUGACUAGACGCGUGAACAUGUGUCAUAAAAGUAAUGCAAAAACUUCUAAACACUAAUUUUAUAGGUUUUCGUAUGCACUCUUUCCAAUGGUGUAAUUUACAAGUUCAAAGAUGUUGUUACUCGGUCUCUGGAAAACCAGACUAAAAGCAUUUUUGAACGUUGUAAAUUCCACCAUUGGAAAGAGCGCAUACGAAAUCUAUAAAAAUAGUUUUCGUAAGCUUUCAAGCUACUUCUAAGGCAAAAAUCCUAGUGCCUAGCCAAAAUUGCUACGGGAAUGCUGCAAAUCUGUCAUUUCAUUAAACCAAGUAUUUCUUGCACAUAAAAACAUACAACUGACAUAUCACUCGAUGCAAUUCGAUGCCCUGAUUCUAAAUAGGUCAUUUUUAUUGAAUAAUAACAUUUCUGAGUCAAGAAAAAUAGAAAAUAUCUAGAAAACCAUGGAUAUUUUGAAAAACCUGCUGUACAAUCCAGGUGCAUUUAUGCAUGUUUAUGCAUUCAUCAUAGUUGAAGGACAUGUAGAAGAACAUUCUGUAAAAGUCUGAACGAGUUUCGAGUUGGGAUGUGGAGGGGAGGCUCAUUUUACUGAAACUAUCCAUUUAUUAACAGCUCUAAUUAUCUCGUCUUGAAGAGAAAAAAAUGCGAUUUUCAAUCGGCUGACUAUGCUUUUUUGCGUGUAGUCGAUAGUCGUAGACUUUCAUGUAUUCAGCAGUGUCCAUCACCAAAGAUGGGAACAUGUACCAAACUUUGUCAGAAAUUUACCAUGAAAUAGCACUACAAAAUGCACUAUUGUGAAGUUCUUUAAAAAGGUAGCGUGAUGUCCAAACCUUCCCUGCAUUGAAAACUAGUGAUCAAUUUUUAGACCCAUUUUUCUCUUUUAAUGUCGUAAAAUUUCAUUUUUUGAUUCGAUCAUACUCCUUCUUCAAAUCUAAGGCCGUAUUCAUGAUCAGCAAGCAAAACUGCACCAGAUGGGUAAUAUUCGAAGAUUCCAGUCAUCAUUCCUGUACCCGUCGUAUGUCAAAUUCUAGUAAUGGCUCACUUCUCUAGAAACUUUUUUAAGUUUUGCAGACCUAUCUAGUUUCUUUUGUAGUCGACUUUUUUAUUUCAUUAGAAGCGCCUCUAAACGAGCUUUAAAAGUACGGAUCACUUUUUUUUUUAUUUUGCUUUAUUACUAAGAAAAUACAGUUUUUCUGAAUCAGGAGCGAAAACGUCGAAAUUCUCUAUUUUUUCAACCAGAACUCACUUUUUAUGCAAUUAAAAUACCAUAUUCGGAGUCAGUGUCGAAAACUGAGUCGAACGAUAUAUGUCUCACAAUUUUCCGUUGAUUUUCAUUUUUUGGUGAAAAUCUUAGUAAUUUAAAUAAAUUAUUCUACGUGAAAAUUCGAAAAAAAACAAAAGUGGUCGAAAACUUUUGAGACAUAUAUCAUUCGACUCAGUUAUCAACGCUGACUCCGAACACGAGAAGAAAACAAAACAAAAGAACUAGAUUUUGAAGGAGUGAAAUAUUUUGUGUUAUUCUAGAAUGAAACCGAUGGUCUAGUUUACGGACAUGAGUACGAUUCAUCAAUAAAAGAUGAUAACAAUGCGAAAAUAACAAUAACAUCUCAGACAGCAGCAGAGAUGAAUGCACCGACAAGAGGAAGAAAGAGAAAAGCUGAUUUAAUGUGUGUUGUAUGUGGUGGUCUAGCAUACGGUUAUAACUUUGAUGCGAUUACAUGUGAAUCCUGUAAAGCAUUUUUUAGAAGAAAUGCUCUUCAACCAAUGGAACAAUCGAAAUGUAUUAGUGAUACAUCAAGUAUGUGUGAUAUAUCAAAUAACGUUAAAAGAAAAUGUAAACGUUGUCGAUUAGAUCGAUGUUUUCUAAUGGGUAUGAGAAAAGAUUAUAUUCUGACAAGUGAAGAAAAAUUAUUAAAAAAGAAGCGUAUUGAAGACAAUAAGCGAUUAAAAUAUAUGAAAUCUACAGAUAGUGAUAAUCAUAAUAACAAUUCAGAACCUCAGGUAAGAGAAAAAGAAUAUUAUUCUACAGAUAUAUGAUGUAUUUCUAGCUAGAGACAUCGGAAAAAUGGCGAAAAAUUAGACUAUAACAUGUAAACAUAAUACAAUUGAUUUCUCUAUAAUCACAUGAAAAGAUUUUGUUACCAUGAAUGUUUUGAAAUGAGCUUAUUUAACAAGUUAUGAUGUUGAAAAUAGUGCAUGUUCAGUAUAUCAGAGUAUAUCAGAUUAACGAGCAGUUUAAGUUAAUCGUCAAAAU